AUGUUGAAAGGCCAAGAAGAAACAAAGAAAAGAGUGGUUAUUACUGGUGGUGCUGGUUUUAUUGGUUCUCAGCUAGGAGCAGAGUUGCACAACCAGGGUCAUGAAGUUAUUCUUUUGGAUAAUAUGUCAUUUGGUCAUCUUGAUAAUUUAAUUAUUGAUGGCAAAACGUUUGGGGAAUUGGUCGUAAAAGAUAUUCGAGAUCCAGAUUUGAAGACUGUGUUUGCUAGUGCGCAUACGAUAUUUCACCUCGCUGGCGUAUCCGCUCUGCCUGUUUGUCAAAGUGAUCCGCUAUCUGCGUAUGACGUUAAUGUUUCGGGAACCGCAAACGUUCUUGAGGCCGCACGUUUAUCUAAAGUUACUAGAAUCAUUUUUUCGUCAACAUCUGCUGUCUAUGAGAACAGUGUUAAUGAUAGUGGUAAACAUAAGGAAACAGACUCUAUUCAACCAGAUUUAAUUUACUCAAUGACAAAAGCUGCAUCUGAAGAAGUCUGCAAGGCAUAUGCCAAAAAUUACAACAUGGAUAUUAUCAUUUGCCGCUUCUUCAACGUUUACGGCCCUCACCAAGACUUUCGUCGAAAGUCGCCACCAUUUACAUCAUACGUCGCUCGUGAACUUGCACUUGGUAGAAAACCAACGCUAUUCAAUCAGACCAAUGCAGAACGCGACUAUAUCUAUAGUGAUGAUCUAAUCUCUCUCAUGCUGAUGAUGUGGCGAAGCAAAGAAACGUUUCGUGCAGAUAUAUUCAAUGUUGCAACAGGCACCGGCUGGUCGGUACCGGAACUAUAUUCCAAAUUGUGCGAUAUUUCUGGCCAAAAGAUCCAACCAGAUUUUAAUGAUCCGACACUAUUUUGGCACAAAUACGCGACACUGAGAGAUGGUCCGUAUUCAUUCGAUCCCAAACGAAUUACUAAGGAAGUUCACAAACAUUGUAUUGGUGAUCCUCAAAAGACUCGUGAGACUUUCAAUUGGGAGCCGAUGUUCACCAUAGACCAAGGCUUACGUAAGGUUUAUGAGUACACGCAACACCACUGUAUGCAUUAG